UGCUGCUGCGAGAGUGUCACUGUGCUGAGCAGGGUGAAAAUCUCUGUGUCCAUUCACCCCAGGGUGUGUUUACUUGGAAGCAGUGGCAGAGGCAGGCGGGGAAAUACACAGGGUAUGUGGGCAAUGCUAUGUGACCUGAGGGACAUGCACCCAGCAGGAGUGAAUGAACUCAUGGGACCCUGAGCAGGAGAACAGCAGAGUAGAGCGACACAGGCAGAGUGAGAUCUUUUGAACAAUGGCUGACUCAAGCCAGCAAACUGAUAUUACAACUACCCCUUCUGUAGCUCAAAAGAAGCUUCAAAGAGCGAUAUGGUUCUUCCGCACUGGAGACCUCACUGCGUGGAACUAUGCCAUUCUAGGCCUAGCACUUGCUGGACUUGUUUUGGGAAUAUUCCUUUUGAUACGGAAUAUACUAGGUAACAGGAAGAGGAAGAUGAUUGAAAUGUAUAAGAAAAGAGAGGGUUCUGCUUUCCCAGAGGAGGUUGAUAACAAACAGGCAGAGAUCCACUUGGAAAAUGAAGACUCUUCAAAUAAGGCUAAUCUGCUGCAGAAAGAGAUGAAGCCUGGUGAUAUCACAGUGCAGUGGAAGGACGGCCACGUUGAAUCCCUCUAUACCGUACUGCCAGAAGAGGAUGUUUAGGACCUCUGCAUUAUAUUUUAUUAAAGGACAGCACGUGCCCAGGUCUCAGGAAGAAAAUCCGCAUUUCCCAUGGUCACACCCAUCUAAGGCAUCCAACUUUCUUGCUGGAUCUCCAUAAAGUGCAAGGAAAUCAUGAACAGAUUAAAUUAGGGUAUUACAAGUCGCUACCUCAAAGGUUGUCAAACUUUUUUAGUUCAGGUUCAGGUCUUCAGCCCUACCCUGGCUCAUGAAAUAGGUACAGUUGUAAGAAAGAAUCAUUGUUUCAAUUAUACUUUCCAGAAUUUCUAUGACAGCAAAUACAUAUUCACCCAAAAUCGCACACUAAACUGACCUUCAAUCUUGGCUUUCAAGUGCAUCUAGGAGAGCAAAUGAAGAGCAAUCUUUCCCAGUUCUCACCCUAACUGGCCUUUAGACUAAGACCCACUUUCCCUGUACCCCCCAGGGGGUCCAGCCCCACAGUUUGGAUACCACUGCUCUACCUGUUACUAUAUUUGUUAGGAAAUCAUACAUUCUAUGUUGUACAAGCAAGGUUAGACUGGAUACUAUAUGUGUGUGAGUAUUAAAAAGAACUCAGAUGCCAAUACUUUGCAACCUUGGAUGGCUGAUUGCAAGCAAGCACAGGUAAUGUAGAGCAUUGUCAUAAUAGUGCAGUGUUUACCAUGAAGUGUUAAAUCAGGGGAUGUCGGAUGUAAUACCUGUGAACUGCAUCAAACCUUUAGUCUUUUGUUUUGAGUGUAGCUAUAUAAUUGUAAUUUAAAUUACAGCUAUGUUUUGAGUGUGACAAUGAAUUGUGUAAAAUAGUUAAAUGGAUCUUAUAAUAUCUUUUCUGGAUAAUUUAGUUACCUAUAAUGCUUUAUACAUGCUUAAAUAGCGCUGUGUCCGUUUCUGUUACAUAAGAGAUACAGUGUUCAUAAAAUUCUUAAAAUUUUAAAAGUA